AUGCCAACCCUAGAAGCGCGUUGGCUAGCCGAGUCAGCUGCAAAAGUUUGGCUCGAAUUCGUGGGGGUGACGGACUUCACGUUGAUUGGCGGCACGUACAACGGGAAUGGCGCUGAUUGGUGGGCGCAGUCUUGCAAACGCAACAAAACACAGGUACUCUCUCCAUUGUAUGCAACGAUGACUGAAUCUUUUCUUUCCCAGGGUUGCAGUGACGGUGAUGCUCCAACGGUAAGCCAAGCUCAGAUUAUCGAUAAGUUUCCACUGUGUUUGCGGCGCAGGGUAUCAGGUUUAGCGGUGGCAAGAACAUCAAGGUCGAUGGCACCACCGUUCGGAACACCCCCUCAAAUCCACCUCACAUUCUCUAAGUCGGAUGUUAAGUCGGAUGUUGUUGAGGCUGUGAAUGUCGUGAUUGAUUCCCCCGGGGACAGCCCGAACACCGAUGGAAUCCACGUCUCUGGAACCACCAACAUUGUCAUUGACAAGGCAGACGUCUCGGCUGGUGACGACUGUGUGUCGAUUGUGAGUGGGAGCGACAACGUCAAGGUGACCAACAGUAGAUGCGGGCCUGGGCAUGGAAUCAGCAUCGGCAGCCUUGGAAAGGGCGGGUCUUUCGACACGGUGACCAAUGUUUUGGUCCAAGGAAUCAAAAUCUGGCGGAGCCACGGCGUACGGAUCAGCACUGUGAUAUCCUUGCUUUUGUUGCUAAACUAUAAAGCUUACCGCGACUUGCAGGGAACCUCUCUGGAGAUCAGCAACAUCACAUUCUCAAACAUCCGGGGCACCUCGGCCUCGCCGUACGGAAUCAGCCUCCAGUGCGCCAGCGCGACCACAUAUACGGACAUCCGCUUCCGUGACGUGGAGCUGACGCUGGCCAACCCCGGCACGCCGGCUGGCUCCGUCUGCUCGCACGUAGCUGGCUACUCCCUCGAGUGUAUGGAGACGUAA